GCCCAAGAGUUUGGAUCCAAGUUUGGCCCUGGAACAGCUGCCCCCAUUCCCCGAUCUCUCUCUCAGGCCUCGGAAGAACAAAACCUAACAAGUCGCCGCCCGUCAGCUCUCCCGCCACCGAUCAGCAUCUCCUCCUCCUCCGCUUCCAAACUCUCUUCCUCUCACCAUUCCCCAUAGCUCAAACGCCGGCCGGAACCUGACAUUUCGCGCCGCCGCAAGUUAUCACCUGUCUCCGCACGAAGACGCUUUCUUGCAGUCGCAAACUGAGACACGAGGUAGAGAGAAGAAGUGAGGGGGGGAAAUGGUGGUCAGGCUCCGGUUGUCCAGGUUUGGCUGCAAGAACAAGCCAUUCUAUCGAGUGAUGGCUGCUGAUAGCAGAUCCCCUCGAGACGGCAAACAUCUUGAAGUACUCGGCUACUACAAUCCCUUGCCAGGUCAAGAUGGUGGCAAAAGAAUGGGUCUUAAUUUCGAGCGAAUAAAGUAUUGGUUGUCAGUUGGUGCUCAACCUUCUGACCCUGUCCAGCGGAUCCUGUUCAGAGCAGGGGUCCUCCCUCCGCCGCCAAUGCUGGCCAUGGGCCGCAAAGGUGGGCCACGUGACACCCGUCCAGUCGAUCCCCUUACCGGACGAGUACUGACCACUGAGAAGCCGCCAACAACAACCCAAUCGACAUCCGACAAUGCAGCCGGAUCUUCAACUUCAUGAUCUCUCCUCUCACGGCGGAAAAAGGAAGCCACCAUUUUUCUAAGUCUUUGUGUUUCUCUGAUCAUCCACUGCGAGUAAGCGACUUCCUAGAAGCGUGCAGUAGCGGGCAAUGGCUCUUCCAGAGCGAUGUGAGAUUAGGAUUAUCAGCCCUUCGAUAUCUAUUAUCAUCGACAUUUCACAAAAUCACAUUGUUUUUCGGGAAGUCGACAUUAGUUCGAUUGAUGAUGCUUUGUCGAUGUCCCGAAGGGACUGGAAACUAGUUGAUGCUUUUAUGAAAUAAACGAGGAUGCUAUUAUUGCUAGUACUUGCCCAGAUGGUCAUACCAAGAAAGGAAACGGCUUUGUACGGGGAGGAGCGGCUCCAUACAUUUUUCACGGUACUUUGUUCUUGCGACAACCAAGUAAACCAUAAUUUGCUACUAAUAAUUUCACCUACUCAGAACCAAGCUUUUCACCUGGAUGCUGGAUUGUAGUUGCAUCCCAUCAGUUUUUUUUUUUAUAUAUAUGUGAUAAACCCUAUGUGAUUUUAUUACAAUA